CUGAUCUGCUCUCUCCCUCCACACACCAACCAGCUGUGGACCUCAGCAGUAGACGUCUGUAUUCAGAAUGGCAAAGAAGGUGUUGAUCGUGUUUGCCCACCAGAGCUCUGAAUCAUUCAACUCUGCUGCCAAAGAUGCUGCUAAGGAAGUUUUAGCAGAUCAGGGCUGCACGGUGGAAGUAUCAGACCUUUACGCCAUGAAGUUCAAAGCCACUGCUACUGCUGAGGACAUCACCGGAGACGUGAAGAACGCCGCUCACUUCCGUUAUGCUGAGGAGACCAAGCUGGCAUGGGAGGAAGGAAAGCUGUGUGCAGACAUCACUGAGGAACAACGCAAACUCACUGAGGCCGACCUCAUCAUCUUCCAGUUCCCCAUGUACUGGUUCACUGUUCCUGCCAUCAUGAAGGGCUGGAUGGACCGGGUGCUCACACUGGGCUAUGCCUACUCUGAAGAGAGGAGAUACAGCCAGGGCAUCUUCAAGGACAAGAAAGCCAUGCUGUCCUUCACCACUGGGUCUCAGGAGUCCAUGUUUAGUGCCGAUGGUGUUAAUGGAGACAUGAACGUCACACUAUGGCCUCUACAGAAUGGCAUCCUGCACUACUGUGGCUUCCAGGUUCUGGCCCCUCAGAUCUUCUGGGCUCCCUCUCGUCUCCCCUCCGAGGCACGCAGCACCUUGCUGGAGGGAUGGCGUACACGACUGCAGGGCGUCCUGGCAGAGAAGCCCCUUUCCUUCACUCCCUUGGACUGCUUUGACGGGGAGAAGGGUUUCCAGCUGAAGCCUGAGUUCCAGGAGAAAAAUGCCACCAAGGAGUACGGUCUGACUGUUGGGAUCCACCUGGGAAAAGCUCUACCACCCAACAGCCAGAUGAAGGCUGGAGUCUGAGCACAUGAAGGCUGCUGUAUUUUAUUAAACCGAAAUAAAGGCUAAACUAUUA